AAUCUCUUCGGUAAAUCAAGGCGAUCCAUCGAUUUCCAUUUUCGCUCGGGCGCAGACGGGCGGCCGCUUUUUUUCUGUCGCUACGGGGGAAAAAAAACAAGCUAUUUCACCGAGUCACCUUGUUCACAUUUUGUACUUUACAUAUCCAUACGGCGGAGGAUACCGCUAUAAUGGGUGUUUUCCACGGAAGAGGACAUGGUAGCAGUUUACGUGUGUGCAGAUUCUGAUUAAAAAACACCAACAACACAUCCUGACGCCCGCAAGCUAACGUUAUUUCUCCCCACUGUCCGGUGGUGCCGCCUUGGAUAGAGUCGUCAAACGAGGAAUAUAAAAGCAGUCUUACUUGGGAGUCCGACCUGAGCAGCAAGAAUGUCUGGGGCGUCUGUAAAAGUUGCUGUUCGAGUCCGACCCUUCAACUCCAGGGAAACGAGCAAGGAGUCAAAAUGCAUCAUUCAGAUGCAAGGCAACACUACAACUAUCCUGAACCCCAAAGCCCCCAAAGAACCAGCAAAAACCUUCAGCUUCGAUUACUCCUACUGGUCACACACCACGCCAGAAGACCCCUGCUUUGCGGCACAGAACCAAGUGUACAACGACAUCGGAAAGGAAAUGCUAGAGCAUGCUUUCGAGGGCUACAACGUCUGCAUCUUUGCCUACGGCCAGACUGGAGCUGGCAAAUCCUACACCAUGAUGGGCAAGCAGGAGGAGGGACAGGAAGGAAUCAUUCCCAUGCUUUGUGAAGAUCUAUUUGAGAAGAUCAAUGAAGACUGCAACAAAGAGGAGCUGUCCUACUCAGUGGAGGUGAGUUACAUGGAGAUCUACUGUGAACGGGUGCGAGAUUUGCUCAAUCCUAAGAACAAAGGGAACCUGAGGGUGCGAGAGCAUCCGCUGCUGGGUCCCUAUGUGGAGGACCUGUCCAAGCUAGCUGUUACAUCCUACACAGACAUUGCUGAUUUAAUGGAUGCAGGAAACAAAGCAAGAACUGUUGCUGCUACCAACAUGAACGAGACCAGCAGCAGGUCCCAUGCGGUUUUCACCAUCGUCUUCACACAGAAGAAACACGACAGCGAGACGGACCUCACCACGGAAAAGGUCAGUAAAAUUAGUCUGGUAGACUUGGCAGGAAGUGAACGUGCAGAUUCCACUGGAGCCAAAGGUACCAGACUAAAGGAGGGAGCAAAUAUCAACAAAUCUCUCACCACAUUAGGGAAGGUCAUCUCUGCCUUGGCUGAAGUGGAUAACUGUACCAGCAAGAGCAAGAAAAAGAAAAAGACGGACUUCAUUCCUUACAGAGAUUCUGUUCUGACCUGGCUGCUGAGGGAGAACCUCGGUGGUAAUUCAAGAACAGCCAUGGUAGCUGCCCUCAGUCCUGCAGAUAUCAACUACGAUGAAACACUCAGUACACUUCGCUACGCUGACCGAGCCAAGAACAUCAAAUGCAACGCUGUUAUCAAUGAGGAUCCCAACAAUAAGUUGGUGCGUGAGUUGAAGGAUGAAGUGGCCCGACUGAAGGAGCUGCUCCGCGCUCAGGGCCUGGGAGACAUCCUGGACAUUGAUCCAAUGGGGGAUGAUUACCCAGGAAGUGGAAUCAAAUGUGACACUGCUCAAAGCUUUAGAAUGGCACUUCUGAGUUCUCAAAGCGAGGCUCAGAUCUACGUACGGAAAGACCUCAAAGACAUUCAGAACAAUAAGAAUAGAUACUUGAUAGCCUCAGAGAACCAACGCCCUGGCCAUUUCUCCACAGCCCCUAUUGGUUCCCUGACAGCUUCUCCGUCCUCUGGCGCAUUGUGCAACCAGGGGGGUCUUCAGUCGGUCACCAGCAUCCAGGAACGCAUCAUGUCCACCCCUGGAGGAGAGGAGGCCAUUGAAAGACUCAAGGAAUCAGAGAAGAUCAUUGCUGAGCUCAAUGAAACCUGGGAGGAGAAACUACGGAAGACUGAAGCAAUCCGCAUGGAGAGGGAGGCUCUGCUUGCAGAGAUGGGCGUGGCGAUCCGUGAAGACGGAGGCACUUUGGGCGUGUUCUCUCCUAAAAAGCUUAGCCGUGACGGGGCAUUAGAUGAGCAAUUUGAUUGCUUUUCUGCCAAGAAGCAUUUCAGAGAGAAGCCUUGUGAUCUCUAUACAGACUUUAAUGGGGUCUUUUCCCCAAAGAAGACUCCACACCUGGUCAACCUGAACGAGGAUCCUCUAAUGUCUGAGUGUCUGCUCUACUAUAUCAAAGAUGGGAUUACAAGGGUCGGUCAGGCUGACGCUGAGCGGAGGCAGGACAUUGUUCUAAGUGGAGCUCACAUCAAGGAAGAACACUGCAUCUUCCGAAGCGAAAGAAAUGCCAACGGAGAUGUUAUUGUCAUGUUGGUGCCAUGCGAGGGAUCUGAAACCUACGUCAAUGGUAAACGUGUUGAGGAAGCAAUCCAGCUUCGUUCAGGCAACCGCAUCAUCAUGGGAAAGAACCACGUGUUCCGCUUUAACCACCCGGAGCAGGCUCGAGCCGAAAGGGAGAAAACGCCGACCGCUGAGACCCCCGUCGAGCCCGUGGACUGGACGUUUGCUCAGCGAGAGCUCCUGGAGAAACAAGGCAUCGACAUGAAGCAGGAAAUGGAGAAAAGGCUCACCGAGAUGGAAAUUUUGUACAAGAAGGAGAAGGAAGAAGCAGACCAGCUUCUGGAGCAACAGCGACUGGUUUACGAGAGCAAACUGCAGGAGCUCCAGAAGCAGGUGGAGACACGCUCUCUGGUCGCAGAGACGCCCGACGAGGCAGAGCUGGAGGAGGAGGAAGAGGAGGAAGUUUUAAGUCCAGCUGCUGUUGUGCCGUGGACGCAGCAUGAGUUCGAGCUGGCUCAGUGGGCCUUCAGGAAGUGGAGGUACCAUCAGUUCACCUCCCUGCGUGACCAGCUGUGGGGGAAUGCCGUGUAUCUGAAGGAGGCCAACGCCAUCAGUGUGGAGCUGAAGAAAAAAGUCCAGUUCCAGUUCGUCCUGCUGACAGACACGCUGUACUCUCCGCUGCCCCCUGAGCUCCUGCCCCCAGAGCCGGAGAAGGAUCGCGACCCGAGACCCUUCCCUCGCACCGUGGUCGCUGUCGAGGUUCAGGACCUGAAGAACGGAGCUACACACUACUGGUCCCUGGAGAAACUCAAGCAGAGGCUGGAGCAGAUGAGGGAGAUGUACGACCGUGCUGGAGAAAUGGCCUCCGCUCACCAGGACGGCGACGGAGAGGGAACUCUGACGGGAAACGACCCGUUCUACGACCGUUUCCACUGGUUUAAGCUCGUGGGGAGCAGCUCUCCCAUCUUCAACGGCUGCGUCAACGAGCACCUGGCCGACCGAACGCCCUCGCCCACGUUCUCCACCUCCGACUCGGAGAUCACCGAGCUGGCAGACGAGCGCCAGAGCGAGAUGUCGGACUUCAUAGACGACGAGGCGUUUGUGGACGACACGAGCUCGGAUGCGGGCACCGAAGAGGGCUCAGACAUCUUCAGCGAUGGGCAGGACCCCUUCUACGACCGCUCCCCCUGGUUCAUCCUGGUGGGAAGAGCUUUUGUGUACCUGAGCAACCUGCUUUAUCCUGUGCCGCUUGUUCACCGGGUUGCCAUAGUUACAGAAAAGGGCGAGGUGCGAGGCUUCCUGCGCGUGGGGGUCCAGGCUAUAGCUGCUGACGAGGAGGCUCCAGAUUACGGAUCCGGGGUUAGACAGUCGGGGACUGCCAAGAUUUCUUUUGAUGAUGAAUACUUCAAAAAGAAUGACUUUCCCUCUACGGUCAUGACCCGCUCCGGCUUGUCCCUGGAGGAACUGCGCAUUGUGGAGGGUCAGGGUCAGAGCUCAGAGGUCAUCACACCCUCCGAGGAGCUCAACAGAAUCAACGACAUGGACCUGAAGCUGGGCAACGUCCCAGACACCAAGCUGAGUCACAGUGAGGGUCUGGCAGGCCAGCUAGAGGUGGGGAGCAUCUUCACCUUCCGCGUGACCGUCCUCCAGGCCAGCGGCGUCCCACCUGAGUACGCCGACAUCUUUUGCCAGUUCAAUUUUCUCCAUCGCCACGAUGAGGCUUUCUCCACCGAGCCGCUGAAGAACACCGGCAAAGGAGCUCCGCUGGGUUUCUACCACGUCCAGAACGUUUCAGUGGAGGUCACGGAGUCUUUUAUUGAGUACAUUAAGAACAAGCCCAUCGUGUUUGAGGUGUUCGGCCACUAUCAGCAGCACCCGCUGCACAUCCACGGCCAGGACCUGAUCAGUCCUCCAACACCGUCACGGAAAUACUACCCCAUCCCCAUGCCUUUGUCCAAACCAGACCACACCCGUAAGAUCGAGUUGAUCCGUUACCUCGUGAGCGGCUAUGUUAACGGCAAAGUGCUGGACACGAUAUCUGAGCACGCCAACGCCCUCGCCUCCUCCGCCGUGGCCAGCCUGGAGGACGAGGCUGACCAGCUCUCGCACUUCCCCUUCCUCUCAGCGCUCCACGACCCCGUGUUCACUGUGCCUAAGCACCACGUUCCAGCCACCAAGCUGAACACCAUCACCAAGUCUAACCUGGGUCAUUGCGUCAGCAAGUACGACCUGCUCGUCUGGUUCGAGAUAAGCGAGCUGGAGCCGACCGGAGAGUACAUCCCGGCUAUCGUGGAUCACAGUGCCGGAUUGCCCUGCCAUGGCACCUACCUUCUGCACCAGGGGAUCCAGCGGAGGAUCACAGUGACUCUUAUACACGAGAAGGGCAGCGAGCUCCACUGGAAGGAUGUUCGUGAGCUGGUUGUAGGUCGUAUCAGGAACAAGGCCGAGGUGGACGACAGCGCAGCCGACGCUGUCCUGUCCCUGAACAUCAUUUCUGCCAAGAACAUCAAGUCAUCCCACAACACCAACAGGCUUUCUAUUGAUAAGGAUAUUGAUAGAACGUUCUAUCGUUUUGAAGCCGUGUGGGACAGCUCGCUGCACAACUCCCUCCUGUUGAACCGAGUCACUCCGUACGGAGAGAAGAUUUACUUGACUCUGUCUGCAUAUCUGGAGCUGGACCACUGCAUCCAGCCCGCCAUCAUCACCAAAGACAUCUGCAUGGUGUUCUACUCCCGGGACGCCAAGAUCUCCCCGCCGCGUUCUCUCAGGAACCUCUUUGGGAGUGGGUACUCCAAAACUCCUGACUGCAAUCGCGUCACCGGCAUCUAUGAGCUCAGCCUGUGCAAGAUGUCUGACACCGGAAGCCCUGGGAUGCAGCGGAGGAGGAGGAAGGUUCUGGACACUUCGGUGGCCUAUGUGCGAGGGGAGGAGAACCUGGCCGGAUGGAGGCCCAGAGGGGACAGUUUGAUCCUGGAGCACCAGUGGGAGCUGGAGAAACUCGAGCAGCUACAUGAGGUGGAGAAGACCCGUCACCUCCUCCUGCUGAGGGAGAAGCUGGGAGAGGCGCCUCCGGUGGGAACGACUCCCACCGCCAAGUCCCUGAGCGAGUCUCUGUCCCCCAGCAUGAGCUCGGGGACCCUGUCCACCUCCACCUCCAUCUCCUCUCAGAUCUCCAGCGCCACUUGCGAGAGCGCCAUCACGCCCAGCGAGAGCAGCGGCUACGACUCGGCGGACAUCGAGAGCCUGGUGGACCGCGAGAAGGAGCUCGCCUCCAAGUGUCUGCGCCUGCUGACGCACACCUUCAACAGCGACUACAGCCAGGUGGUGAACAGCAUCAGCGACUGCAAGCUGUCUGACAUCUCGCCCAUCGGACGAGACCCAUCGGUGACCAGCUUAAGCAGCGCCACCCUCACGCCCUCCUCCACCUGCCCCUCCCUGGCUGACUCCCGCUGCAGCUCCUUAGACCAAAAGACACCAGAGAACAACUCCCGUGCCUCCAGUCCCUCCUGCUCGGACUACGAGAACUUCCCAAUGGUUCCCACUCUGGAGAUGUCCUACCUUGCUCGGGCUGGAAAGAACGAGUUCUUAAACUUGGUGCCUGAUAUUGAGGAAAUGAGGCCGGGGUCUGUGGUGUCGAAGAAAGGUUUCCUCAGCUUCAUGGAGCCGCGCUCCAACACGUGGGUGAAGCACUUUGUGGUCGUUCGCCGCCCGUACGUCUUCAUCUACAACAGCGACAAGGACCCGGUGGAGCGAGGCGUCCUCAACCUCUCCACGGCCCAGGUGGAAUACAGCGAAGACCAGCAGGCCAUGCUCAAGGUGCUCGUCUGUUUCAGCCUCUUUGAAUCAGAAGUUUCAUAAUAAGUGUAAAUGUUAUACUAAGUUCGGGCUUUCAUUGAUCUGUUUGAGCUGCUGCUUUUUCCAGGGUGGAUUGAUUAUACAACAUAAGGCUUCAGUCAUUUUUAUGAACUAGAACCUUAUUUUAUUGUGGGUUUUCAUCAAUCAGGACCUCUUUAUCAGAAUAAGUGACCCUCUGUGGGUGGCAGAGAAACC